AUGCGCUUCUCUUCCAUUAUCACCCUGGGUCUCUUGACCACUAGUGUUUCUGCGGUAAGAGGCAGAAGGUUUCGUCGUCAGAAGAAGCCUGAAAACCCUACCGACCCAGGUAUCACACCGAAAUGCACGUUUUAUGAUACAUGGGUUGAUGAUGACCUCGACUGUCUUUUGUGGCUCGAGGACUGGUCUAUUACACCGGAGCAGUUCUCGGAAUAUAACCCGACUAUUGGUGAUAACUGCUCCGGCAUUAAGAUUGGCUACUCCUACUGUGUCGAGAUCAACCACGGCCGUCCUGAAGAGCCCGAGGUGACUUCAACUGAGGACGCUGAGCCUGAGCCCACUGAGGAUUCGAAGCCCAGCCCUACCCAGGAAGGUCUCGUUGAUACGUGCACAUCGUUCUACAAGGCUAAGAAGGGAGAUACUUGUGCAAAGAUCAUCUCUGAGUACAAGACCUUUGACUUCAAAGACUUUUUCAAGUGGAACCCAGCUAUUGAGGAUGACUGCAGUGGUAUCUGGGCCAACACCUGGUACUGCGUUGGUGUUCCUGGAACACCCACUUCUCCUCCAACACGGACGGUUGAGUCUACGGCCAAGCCAACAGGAGAGGAGAAGCCCAGUCCCACACAAGAGGGUCUGAUUGAGAGCUGUACAAGAUUCCAUCCAGCUGCAAAGGGUGACACAUGCGCUAAGAUCGUUUCUACCUUCGGCACUUUUGACUUUGAUACCUUCUUCAAGUGGAAUCCAGCUGUUGGCAAGGACUGCAGCGGUAUCUGGGCGGGCUACUACUAUUGCGUUGGCGUUCCUGGAACCCCUACUGGAAAGCCUUCUGCCACUUCCCCCAAGCCCACGGCCACCGGCGGUGUUGAGACCCCUUCACCUAUUCAAGAGGGCAUUGCAAAGAACUGUAAUAAAUGGCACCCGGUUGCCAAGACUACGACUUGUUCUUCCAUCGAGAACUACUACAAGCUUCCAUUCGCACAGUUCCUGAAAUGGAAUCCAGCUGUUGAAGAGGACUGUAGUGGUCUUUGGGCUGGUUACUGGGUUUGCGUCAGCGUUGAAGGAUAUAAGCCAACUACAACAACAGUCGCCAAGCCCACCACGACCAAACCUGCAAAUGGAAUCAAAACCCCCGAACCUAUUCAAAAUGGUAUGGUCAAGAACUGUGAGAAGUUCCACCAGAUCAAAUCAACCACCACCUGUACUUCUAUUGAGAACUACUACAACCUUCCCUUGGCAACCUUCCUCUCUUGGAACCCUGCUGUCGGUGAGGAUUGCACGCACCUAUUGACCGACUACUGGGUCUGUAUUGCGACUGUCGGUUGGAAGCCUCCUACCAAGACCACCACCAAGGCUCCUGCUACAACAACCAAGGCUUCCAAUGGCAUCAAUACACCUUCGCCAAUUCAGCCUGGCAUGGUCAGCAAUUGUAACAAGUUUCACCCAGUGAAGACGACCACGACUUGUGAUUCGAUUCAGAAUUACUACAAGAUAUCUUUGGCGGACUUCAUCAAGUGGAACCCUGCCGUUGGGUCGAAUUGCAAAGACCUAUGGGCUGACUAUAACGUCUGCGUUGGAGUGUUUGGAGGUACCCCUACGAAGCCAGAUAACGGCGUCAAGACACCUGCACCAAUCCAGUCAGGUAUGGUAAGCAACUGCAAGAAGUUCCAUCAGGUUGCUUCAAAAACAACAUGCGCCUCAAUUCAGAACUAUUACAAGAUUACAAUGGCUCAGCUGGCCAAGUGGAAUCCGGCGGUUGGCACAGGAUGCACUGCACUUUGGCUUAACUAUUGGGUAUGCGUCGGAGUAUAG